GGGGCCGGGCGGCUGCGCGCGGCGCUCGGCCCCGGGAUGUCCUCGUCGCCCGGCGAGCAGUGCCGCUCGCCCGUGGGGUUGGACUGCUGCAGCUGCUGCCUGGACCUGGUGGGGGCCGGGGGGGGCGAGAACAACAACCCGGGCAGCCCCACCGCCAGCGGCUUCCGGCAGCUGCGGGAGCAGCUGGAGGGCGAGAACCUGAACGCCGCCAAGCUGAGCUCCAUCAUGCGCCAGGACUCGCUGGAGCCCGUCGUGCGGGACCCCUGCUACCUCCUCAACCAGGGCAUCUGCAACAGGAACAUCGACCAGACGCUGCUCUCCAUCCUGCUGCUCUUCCACAGUGCCUCCGGAGCCAGCGUGGUGGCCAUUGACAACAAGAUCGAGCAGGCAAUGGACCUGGUGAAGAACCACCUGAUGUACGCGGUGCGGGAGGAGGUGGAGGUGCUGAAGGAGCAGAUCAAGGAACUGCUGGAGAAGAACUCGCAGCUGGAGCGCGAGAACAGCCUUCUGAAAACCCUGGCCAGCCCCGAGCAGCUGGAGAAGUUCCAGUCGCGGCUCCCGGCCGAGGUGCUGCACCCCCAGGAGCAGAGCCCCGGGGCGGCCCCCCCAGCCCAGCACUCGGGGGGCUCUGCGGUGUAAAGUGGCUCUGUCCUCGGAGUGGGCAGAGCCACGGAACUCUUUCUACUUCAUCUCCCGCAAUGAUACCAAAAUAAGCCAAGUUUUUCCGCCUUUGGGCGGAGGACUGCCGGAGCCCGGUGCCGGGAUGCUCGUCCCACCGGGAGACGUCGGCGGCUGACCCCCGCCCGUCCGCCUUCCCCACGUUGUGUGGGGCAGAGCUCGCCGAGACCCCGCGGUGCCGUCCGUGGGGAUGCGGCUGGAAGGAGCGCGCCGAGCCCCAGCGUGGGGGGGGGAAAAAAAAAAAUACCAAAACCUGGACUUGAGCGGCUGCCGUGGUUGCACGCACGUCGGCGUGGGGAUUACAAGGAAAGAAAGAGAGAACGACGACAACAACCAAAAAAAAAAAAAAAAAAGACCAACCAAACCUUGUUUGCC